AUGUAUCUGAUUUCAAGAGGUGGAGAAUACGCAAGUGCUUAUUCAAACUAUCAUAGCGACGAUUAUUAUAAUUAUGAAUAUUAUACAAAUAUGGAUCCAAGAAUUCAUACUCGAAAUAAUUGGCUUUUAAUAUACUGGAAAGACAAACUAGUAGAUGUUGAUGAAGUUGUUCACUUAUAUGUCACUUUUACUCCAAAUCCCCAAAUUAAACAAUCUCCAAAAGUAAUAAUGAACACACAAUUAGAAGAAAACUAUCCAACUAAGCAUAAUUUAUUACUUGAAGGUCGAUGCGAAGGAUAUGAAAAUGACCAAUCAAUUGUUUUAUAUUAUCAAUAUAAUUGGGGAAAAAUUGUCAAACUAAAUGAAUUCAAUAUAACGGAUGAAUUGAAGUCUAUUGAUUUUUCAUUUGAUUUAAUAUUAGAAUCAUAUAGAGCUGCAAGGAUUAUCAAUGUAUGGGCAGUCACAAAAGAUGCUGCCAUGACAAAUUAUUAUUCAAAGUAUAUAUAUACAGGAAGAAAACCAGUUUUAUACAUUAUAACUCCCCCAAAGAAAUUGUAUUAUAAGGACAAUACAAUUUACGUUGAUUUUGCAGGAAACUGUGAUUAA